AUGGAUACUAUUGUUUCAACGCCGGAGGAAACAGCCUCAGAUUUAGAAGAGGAUAUAAAAGUAAUAAGAAAUCCUUCCAAUAGUAGAAACAAUGAAUGUUUUACUUCACGGUCAACUUCUACUUCGGACAUACACCAACUUGAGGAAAAAAUGAGACGCAAGUUGCAGUUUUUCUUUAUGAAUCCGAUCGAGAAAUGGCGAGCGAAACGUAAAUUUCCAUACAAAUUUGUUGUGCAGGUGAUUAAAAUAGUAUUGGUAACACUCCAACUUUGCUUGUUUGCCCAUAACAGAUACAAUCAUGUAAAUUACACCUGGGACAAUCGUAUAAGUUUUUCUCAUUUGUUUUUACUUGGAUGGGACUCUACUCGCGAAAUAAAUGCCUAUCCACCUGGUGCGGGGCCCUUAGCUGUUUACAAACUUGAUGAGUUUUACAAUACCCUUGAUUUUGCAUAUAAUGGUUAUACAAAUAUAUCCAAUGCUAUUGGCCCAUAUUCAUAUGACAAUGAAGAUAACAAUAUGACAGAUCCUGUUUUUUGCCAAUACAAUUACAAAAAAGGUAUAAUCUAUGGAUAUAAUGAAAGUUAUGAAUUUAAUUCAGAGAUUGUUAGAAGUUGUAUAAAUUUUUCAAAUAAUGAAGGGCAGCUAUUUACUUCUAAACAAUAUUUGAAUGAUACAGGGUUGGACAUUAACUUUGCAGCAUUAGUGAGAGCAGAACUUAUGUUUUCUUUGAAGACAAUAAAUCUAAGAGCAGCUGGACCAAUUACACCACCUGAUUGUUAUCGUUUUGAUAUUGCUAUAAUAUUUGACAAUGAAGAUCAUGAUGGUCAAAUGUCCUUAACCCUGGAGGCUGAACCUUACAAACUUGCCUGCAAAGGUGAUCAAGCUUAUAUUACUGAUAACCAAAUUGACCAAAUUUUGAGAAGCAUUUUGAACAUAUUUGUGAUUAUUAUUUGUAGUGCAUCACUUAUGUUAUGCAGUAGAGCUAUUUAUCGUGCACAACUAUUAAGAGAAUUGACUAACCAAUUCUUUAUUAAAACAUAUGAUCGACCCUUAAGUUUGGAUGGCAGCUUAGAAUUUUUAAAUAUGUGGUACAUAAUGAUCAUUGUUAAUGAUAUCUUAAUCAUUAUGGGAUCCGCUAUCAAAGAACAAAUUGAACGAAAUCAAUAUACAAACGAUCAGUGGAAUGUUUGCUCAUUGUUUUUGGGAACAGGGAAUUUAUUAGUAUGGUUUGGUGUACUUCGAUAUCUAGGAUUCUUUAAAACAUAUAAUGUUGUUAUACUAACAUUGAAGAAGGCUGCUCCAAAAAUCUUUAGAUUUUCAUUUUGUGCUCUUCUUCUAUAUGCAGGCUUCAUGUUCUGUGGAUGGCUAAUACUAGGUCCGUACCAUAUGAAAUUCAGAUCACUUGCCACCACAUCUGAAUGUCUUUUUUCAUUAAUAAAUGGAGAUGACAUGUUUGCAACAUUCUCAAUCAUGUCCAAGAAAUCACCUAUGUUAUGGUGGUUCAGUAGGAUAUACUUGUAUUCAUUUAUAAGUUUGUACAUUUAUGUUGUACUCAGUUUAUUUAUUUCGGUUAUCAUGGAUGCAUAUGAUACAAUAAAACAAUAUUAUAAAGAAGGCUUUCCAAAGAGUGAUUUGCAGCAAUUUAUUGGUGAAGCAAGCGUUAAUGAAGUGUCCUCGGGCUUAUACAGAAGUCAGAGUUCAACGUCUUUGAAUGCUUUUAUGAAUUCCUUAUUUUGUUGCAAUGUGUAUCGAAGUGCUUAUUCAAAAAUAGGAAUAGGUAAUUCCACCUUUAAUUUGUUGUAA